AUGUUCUUCCAACCGAUACCAGCUAAAGAUAAAAUCACUUUCACGAAUAAAGAAGGUAAAAAGGAAACUGGUAACAAAAUCAGGUUCGGAAAUGGUUUCUGUCACGACGUUUUAACAUCGGUCGAUAUUCAAGAAAUAGUGAAAGCCGGUGGACGAAUUAUUAGAAUAUUAGAUGGUAUAGUUUACGAAGAAAAUUUUAAAACUCCACCCUAUAGAGAUUAUAUUUUAAUUUUGAGAGAUUUAAGAAAUAAAUAUAAACGAGAAGGUAAUAUCGUGGGUAGUAAUUGCAUGAAAUUAUUAGGUAAUUCCUUGUAUGGUAAAUCAAUUCAGAAAGAUAUAUUCACAACUAGACAUUUAUGGAAUGAAGCAACUUUACAGGCCAACUUUGAUUCACGCGUUAAAACCUAUGAGAAAAUUAAUGAUACUCAAUAUAUUGUUGAAACAGAAAUUGAAGAAAAAGAGAUUACUACCGAAGAUAGUAAAUCUACACGACUAACACCUAGUCAUUUGGGAUCAUUCGUUUUAUCUCACAGUAAAAAAAUAAUGAACAAUUUCAUUCACGUCAUAAAUGGAUUUUAUAAACCCGAAAUAUACUAUACCGACACCGAUAGUUUGUACAUUUCAUCCAACAAUUGGAAAAAACUAAACAGAGCUGGUUUGGUCUCCGAAAAAGACUAUUGCAAAGGUAAAAACGAUUACGGUGACGGUGGAAUUAUAUUUGGUUUAUACACCAAAGGUCAAAUACAACAUCGUUUUGACUUCUGA